AUUAUAUUGAUGAGGGGUACUAUCUCGUCGCUGCGUCCUCACCACUAAGGUACACUGGGCACAGUCAGGUCAUGAUCAGACAUACACCCAAGAAUUAAAUUUAAGCUCCGUUUGACCAAUUGGCAAUUGAUUUCUUUGUUCUAUGGAAUAGUUGGAACUCGUCUUCCACCUUCUCCCCAACCGAAUCUCAUUCUCAGCAUCGCCGUCAUACUACCAUCGUACCCGCGGACAUCUACUAACCGCGUUAUCUCUCCGGUUUUCGAUUCCGAAUUUCUAACAAUAUCGUCGGCAUCGUCAUCGCAUCCGCGCACAUCUUACGUGUUCUAAUCUUCUUUGGUUAUGAUCAACACUACAUCCGAGAAGACCUGUGACAUAUCACGUCAUUCAACAUGAGUAUCGCUUGGGAAUGCCGUGAUCAGGCCGACCAGGCCGAGAUUUACUACAACCAUCCCCUCCGCACCAAAGUUAGACAUCUUGAGGAUGAAAACCGAGCCUUGAGACGAAUGCUUCGCAAGAACGGCAUAUCGUGGCGACCCCGAUCCAAGCCAGCUCAUAAAUCCAAUGGACGCACCACCCGCUCUUCAGGCAUGGUCAACUGUAGACCUCUUCCGCACCUACCUGUGGAGAUCCAGCUUCGAAUCUUGUCCUUCGCCGUGACUAGCCCACAACCCAUCCUUGAUCCGCUUUGCAAUGUUAAGCCGGAGCAUCUUCUUGUUCAGGAAAAGGUCAAGUCCAACCAAAUCGCCAUUCACUUCCUGGCUACGUGUAAAGCCUAUUAUGCCGAAGGUACCAAGCUUCUCUGGAGCAACAAUUCCUUCGUAUUCACCACCCCGGAAGCGCUUCGAAACUUCGCCGAGGUCCCUCUCAAGUUCCGACGUGAUAUCAAAGAUAUCAACCUCCGCAUUAUCGCGAAGUUCUACGAUGACGAGGAUCGUACUCGCAAAAUCGGCCGCAGCUACCACCCCGACCUCUCGAAGUCCUUCCCCCUCACUGUGCACACGAGACCUAAGGAGAACACGCCCGCUCGCCGCGGUUUUCGCGCGUACGGUUGGUACCAGCUUAUCGAUUUUCUAACGGCGUUGCUACCACCGUACGACCCUUCCCAAGGUUCGUUAAGCACACAGUCGGCCCCUAUGCCGAAGUUACUUCCAUCUCUCGAGAAGCUCCGUAUCGACUUCGUGAACUUCGGCGUGGAUCUACAUGUUGGACCACCGGCUCAACUUCACGAUCUUGCUUCCCAUCAGUUUGGAUGCUCGCUGAACGAGUUAGUUCUCACGGGUUUGCCGAACGACGAAGUAGGAGAGCGUGUUUCUAACGAACUUGCUGGUCUUCUGAAGAACGAGGGCCUCCUUAUCGAUCACGCACCAAUCAUGAUCGGUUACAAGAACAGUAUACGCCUUCUCACCUGCGAUUCUGUCAAGUGUCACUAUUCGUCUAGGGUCAUCCGAGCAGCGGGGAACAUCGAUCUGAACCCGUACGUGCAUGGUGACGAGCUUCAUGCGCAUUCUUUUGGGCUCGAAUUUCCUCCUGCGCCUAAGGACGAAGGCAAACCACCCCACUCUUUUUACCAUUCGUGUCGAACGAUCUGGAAGAAGGUUCCGGUCAAGCUUGGUGGCGACGAACGCAAGUGGGAACUAUUCGACAGAAUAAGCGGACAGCCUUGGGAUGAAGUGGAGGAGGAGGCGACGAUGUACGACUAUUCGUCGAUCGGAGGGCCGGAUAUUGGUAUCUCUUGCGAGAAUUGCGGCGAGAUACAUCCAGGGGCAAUCCCGCCUGAUCACCUGAUUGAGGAUAUCUUCGGCAUUGACCUUUAAGCAUAGGAUGGGGGUGUGACUACGACUUUUCUACGACGAUUACGAACAACAUGCAUAUGAUACCAGGUUUGCUUUGCUCUGGGCAUUUACGGGGGCAGACGUCCAAAAGGGAGGGGGUGCGGCAUAUGGCGGGACUAGGUAAAUGGAGGACCCGAUGUGGACGAGGGCGUUGGGACCUCGCUAUGUGUAUGAGCUAUAUGGAUUGCUUAAUCACCCAAGGCCACAAGGCAUAAUGAACACUUGCUCGCGCGAGUAAACUAAAUUGGCUGCACUCUGCACUUGAACUCUUCUGACUUAC